GGGGCUCAAGUUUAUUCUUAGUCUCAGCUCCAUCCUGUCUGCGGCUCUCACUUUUCGCCCUCGGCCUUGCCUUCUUUGCUUUCUGGUGUUGCUCUUUUUUUUCCACGCUCUUGCCCCCAACCUUUCACUUCAGAUUUGCUCUGACGACACUGCGGGUCAUUUUGGAUUUUGGCCUCGACUCGCGGCGGUUGGCUUUUCUUCCUCCAUCCUUUUGUCGGAGGUUCUGCCGCUGCGCGAUGGGCAAGACGGAGUUGCGCUCCGUGUGCAAAAGCUUCCUGGACUGUCUGUGCCUCUGCUUGUCGCGAGGAAGUGGCAAAGCGGCGGCCGACACCAACCGAGACACCGAGAACGGCCACCUGGUCUACAAAAACGGAGACGUCCUGGACGAACGAUAUGAGAUCCUGGACACGCUGGGCGAAGGGACAUUUGGCAAGGUGGUGCAAUGUUUGGACCACAGCAGCGGGCGUCCGAUUGCUCUGAAGAUUAUUAAGAACAUUGACAAGUACAGAGAAGCGGCCAAACUGGAGAUAAACGUGCUGGAGAAAAUUAGCCGCAAAGAUCAGCACAAAUUAUAUCACUGCGUGCAGAUGCUGGACUGGUUCAACUUCUUUGGCCACAUGUGCAUCUCCUUUGAGCUCCUGUCUCUGAGUACCUUUGACUUCCAGAAAGGCAACAACUUCCUGCCUUACCCUAUCCACCACAUCCGACACAUGGCUCAGCAGAUCUGCCGCGCCGUCUGCUUUCUCCAUGACAACAGGCUGACUCACACCGACCUGAAGCCAGAGAACAUCCUCUUUGUCAACUCUGACUAUUCUGUCAUAUACAACGCUGACAAGAAGUGCAACGAGAAGCGAGUCAACGACAGCACGGUGCGCUUGGUGGAUUUUGGCAGUGCCACUUUUGACCUCGAGCACCACUCAAGCGUCAUCUCCACGCGCCACUACCGAGCCCCCGAGGUCAUCCUGGAGCUGGGCUGGAGUCACCCUUGCGACGUGUGGAGCAUAGGCUGCAUCCUGUUUGAGUACUACAAAGGAUUCACGCUCUACCAGACUCAUGACAACAAGGAGCAUCUUGCCAUGAUGGAGCAUGUCCAUGGGCCGGUUCCUCAGAGAAUGGUUCAAAGGAGCAGGAAGCAGAUCUAUUUCCACUCUGGCCGCCUCAACUGGAAUGAGUGCACCAAGUCUGGACGCUACGUCAAAGCCAGGUGCAAGCCUUUGCGGAAACACCUGCUAUCACAGGGCAGGGAACACCAUCAGUUUUUUGACCUUCUGGAGAGGAUGCUGGAGUACGAGCCUUCCAAACGCAUAUCUCUCUCCUCUGCUUUGAGCCACCCUUUCUUUCUGCAACCCCAACAGUCAGCAAGGGCUCGGACGUCUCGAAAUAGCUGCAACAUGGGCCCGUGAUUUCAACCUGAAUGCGUAAACAGCACCUUGAGAGCAGUCUGUUGAUUGGUUAAGCAACAGCAGAAGUGGCACAGGACUGCCGCCAUGUUGCGCUAUGUAUGUAGCGGACGCUUUUUCACUCUCCUGCGUGCGGCGGGAUCAAGAGCCAGGUCAGGGUUAAGAGAGCUGAGCCAUGGCGUGGACAAAGGAACUGUAGCGCUUUUGAACGCUUGUAGCAGCAAUUCUGCGUGAAGGUUAUUGGAGGGGCGGCGCCCCACCAGAUCUUGUUUGGUGGAGUCACCCUGUUACUGUUUGUGUAUUUAAUACACUGUAGAACACUUAAUGUCUCUCAAUAAAGGUAGAAUCUCCCUCGAGUUGGAGAAAACCUC